AUGUCCAUCGGUAUGCACCCCACACUCCAACGUGGUCGUGCGGCGGUCAAGAGCGGCGUUGGCGAGGCGGUCGGCAUGACCAUUCGCCUGCCUGUCGAUGGGAUGGAGCGUGGCCCGCUCCAUCCGCGCCAGCUCCGCCUUGACCGCAAUGCGCAGUUGCCUCAGGCGCUUGUUGCGUGUGGCGAAGAUGCCACGCACCUGCUGGAUGACAAGCCCCUUGUGCCGAGCAGCAGCGCGGUGUACUCGGCCGUGUUGUUGGUUUCGCCGCUGCUCGGCAUGUAG